GCAAACAGUGGCCGGAGGAAGUGCCGGCAGCCAGCAUGGGGGGCGAGGAGCCCGAGCCAGACUUCGAGAGCGCCCCCGAGACGGACCCCCGGGCUCGGCUGCUGGGGGCGCGCGUGGCAAGCAGCCUGCGCGUGGAGCCCGAGCGCUGGGAGCGUUGCGCGGGGAGCUCCGAAGCGCGGCCGCUCCUGCGCGCUUUCCUCGACGGCGACCCGGCCAAGCGGCUGCUGCUCGUCACGCCGGGCGCAGGGGGCCAGUUGGCGCUGGCCGACCGGCUGGCUCCGGCGCCCGGCACCGGGCGCUCUGGCAAGGGGGUCUUCCUGCUGCGCCUCGCCCCCGGGCCGCUGCGCUCCCCGCCGGCUCCCGGGCACCUGCUCUAUGGGGACCUGUCCUCCGUGCCCCUGGAGCACCUCGCUGCCCUCGUGGAGGAGGUAGUGGUGCCACUCUUGGGGAACCAGAAAAACCAUCCCAGCUGGCCCCAUGUGGUGUCACAGGAUAUCGUCCACCACAUCUGCAAUCUGAAAAGUAGUGUUUUUGUAGUUAUUGGACAAAUUAAAGGCAAGACUUUGCUGCCGCUCCCUACUGACCCUGAAAGAGACUCGUAUAUAGAUUCUGACAAUGAGAAAACCACUGAACUUGUGGAUAAAUCUAUUGUCCAUGCAAUUGAAUCAGCUGUCAUUGAAUGGACCCACCAGAUUCAGGGAGUUCUAAAGAGAGAGUCUUCAGAACCACUUUUGCAAGGCCAAGAUCCUAGUCCAAAGGUGGAGCUGGCUUUCUGGAAAAGCAGAUUUGAAGAUCUGCAGUGCAUUUACAGCCAGCUGAAAACCAGAAGGGUUUUGACCAUGAUGGAGCUUCUUGACAGAGUGCAGAGCACCUACUUUCCAGCAUUCAGGUCAAUUUUCAGAGAUGUAGAAGCAGCUUUGGUUGAGGCCCACGAUAUAAAUGCGCACCUAAAGCCCCUAGAGCGCCCUCUAGAGGAAAUAGAAAAUGUGGAAUUCAACGAGUUGAAGCCAUUACUAAACCGAGUGCUUCAUGUGGUGUGCUUAAUCUGGGCCACGUCCAAAUAUUACAGCACACCUGCAAGGAUAAUUGUGCUGCUUCAGGAAAUCUGCAACCUCCUCAUUCAGCAGGCUAGGACUUACCUCAAUGCAGAAGAUCUGCUUAAAGCAGAAACUGAAGAAAGUCUGAGCAAAGUGCAGACAACUUUUGAUAUUUUCAACUAUUUCAAGCAGACCUUCGAGGAAAGAAGAGACAAUCUUACCACUUACUUUCAGCCAGGCCUAGAGGCAAAGGAGUGGGAUUUCCCUUCUGUAAUGGUUUUUGCACGAUUGGAUAAUUUUCUAGAGAGGCUCCACGUGGUAAAUGACCUUCUGGUGACUGCGUUGGACCUAGAGAAAUUGGAGAAGCUUGAAUUCAGUGGCAUAAAAGGGAAACCUCUGAGCCAGCAAGUCCUGAGCAUGUAUGAAGAGUUCCAAGAGGUUUAUAAAGUGUUUUCAGAUCGUACAUAUGACUGCUUGGAUGUGGCCAACAUGGAAUUUGAAGAUGAUGUGUGUGACUUCAAGGAGAAAGUGGAAGAUAUGGAUCGGAGGCUAGGGACUGCUUUUGCCCAGGCUUUCGAUGAUGCAGCUAGCAUAGAGCACGCAUUCAAGCUGAUAGACAUAUUUGGGAGUCUAUUGGAACGGCCAUUGAUAGCAGCAGAUGCCUGUGCAAAAUAUCCUCUCCUCAUCACAAUGUUCGACAGAGACCUGGACGAUGCUAAACUGAUCUACCUGAAACAUAUUCAGGAGGAGCUGGAACUAGGUUGUCCUACAGUGCACAGGAAUAUGCCAUUGGUUGCUGGAGGAAUUCGCUGGGCUCAAGAAUUAAAAGACAGGAUCCAGAUCCCAUUUAGUAAUUUCAGGCAUGUCACCCACUUUUGCCUAGACUCUUCUGAAGGCAAAAGAAUGGUGCAGAAGUAUGAAGACCUGAUGGAGAUGCUAGAAAAAUACCAAGAGAAGCUUUAUAAGGAGUGGUUCCAAACCGUGUCUGAAAAAUCGCAGUAUAACCUCACUCGACCGAUCAUCAGAAGGCAUUCGGAAAGUAAGCUGAUUGCUGUCAAUUUUGACCCUCAGCUGGUGUCAGUUUUGCGAGAAGUGAGUUACCUUGGGCCAAGCCAGACUGGGAAGAUACCAGAGGCAGCAGCAGAAAUCUUUUCUUCCAAGGAGUCCUUCCGGAAGCUGGUAGCCAACCUAGACUUGAUGGUCACCUGGUACAAUAAAAUCCUGCUCACAGUCCUGGAGGUGGAAUACCCCCUUGUACAGGACCAGUUGCAGGAGAUUGAUAUUCAGUUGAGAGAGGCAGAAGAAACAUUGAACUGGAAAACAGAAGGGCUUUGGGAACAUGUUUCACGACUAGUUCACAGUGUGCAAGAUCUUGAGCAAAGAAUCCAGAAAACCAAGGAUAACAUUGAGGAACUUCAGAAUAUCAUGAAAACUUGGGUCUUCCCAGUUUUUGAAAGAAAAGAUGGAAAGAAAGAAUCUCUGCUGUACUUAGAUGGUCGACAUGAACGACUGGACAAACACUAUCGACUCAUCACAGAUUCGGGGCAUAAGAUCCAUUUACUAAUCAAGGAAAACUUGAGACUAUUUGCAGCAGAUCCAACUUCUGAUAUUUGGAAAGCUUAUUUGGAGCAUGUGGAUGAGAUUGUCCUUGAUGGAUUCUUUAAUGUCAUUGAAUGUUCACUGAAGUAUCUUUUGGAAAACACAGAUUCCAAGGCAGGCCUUGCUCCCCUCUUCAAAGUGCAGCUGGAUUUGUCUGUUCCAGAGAUGAUAUUCCGCCCUUCCUUGGAUGCUGGUGCCUGUGAUGGUUUUUAUGAUUUGGUCGAGGCUCUUGUCAAUGAUAUAUAUCGAGUGUCUUCCCUGGUUCCCAGGCUUGCAGACCACAGCACUUUCUCCCAUUACCAGGAUGACAUGGAGGAGAUGUCUGAUCUUGCUGACAUGCGCCACAUCCUAAUGGAUCGCAUCCGGAAGAUGAUGUCAACUUGUUGUGACUACCGCAGCUCUUUUGACCACUACUCAUAUCUCUACGUGGAUGACAGGAAAGAAUUCAUGCGCCAGUUCCUGUUGUACAGCCAUGUCCUCACUGCAGAGGAGAUAGAGGCCCAUGCUGAGGAUGGCGUCCCAGAAAGCCCUCCUACACUGCAGCAGUUCAAAGAGCAGAUAGACUCUUAUGAGAAGGUCUAUGAGGAAGUAAGAUGCCUGGAGCCAGUCACUGUAUUUGACAGCUGGAUGAAAGUUGAUGCCCACCCCUUCAAGUUGUCCCUUCUGAGUAUAAUUAAGAACUGGAGCUUUAUGUUCAAGCAGCACCUCAUUGAUCAUGUGACUCACAGUUUGGCUGACCUUGAAGAGUUCGUAAAAGUUGCUGAGAUUGGUUUGAGCAAAAUGGUGGAGAGUGGAGAUUAUGAGGGCUUGGUGGAAGUUAUGGGCCACCUAUUGGCUGUUAAAGAUAGACAGACCAGCACUGAUGAGAUGUUUGAGCCCUUGAAACAAACAAUUGAAUUGCUGAAGAUCUAUGAGCAAGAAUUGCCAGGGGAAGUCUAUAAGCAGCUGGAGGAGCUGCCAGAAAAAUGGAGCCAUGUGAAGAAGCUGGCAAUAACUAUGAAGCAUCAUGUAGCUCCUUUGCAGGGAAAUGAAGUGACGGUUCUCCGCAAGAAGUGUGCUGUGUUUGAUGUGGAGCAACAUAAAUUCAGGGAACGAUUUCACCAACAGGCACCGUUCAGGUUUGACACAACAAAUCCCUACCAAAUGCUGGAUGCAUCCCACACAGAGCUUAUGCAGAUGGAAGUUACCAUGACCUCGAUUUAUGAUGCAGCUGAUUUGUUUGAAGUCAGUGUUCCAGAAUACAAACAGCUCAAGCAGUGCCGAAGGGAAGUGCGUAUUCUUAAAGAACUCUGGGAUAUGAUCUCCAUAGUGCUCUCUAGCAUGAAUGACUGGGAGACUACGAAAUGGAGAGAGAUUAACAUUGAAAACAUGGAGCUGGAGUGCAAGAAGUUCGCCAAAGACACGCGGAGCCUGGAUAAGGAAAUGAGGGCCUGGGAUGCUUUCUCCGGGUUGGACAACAAAGUGAAAAACAUCCUGACAUCUCUGAGGGCUGUGUCAGAACUGCAGAAUCCGGCCAUCCGAGAGAGGCAUUGGAACCAGCUGAUGCAAGCCACAGGUGUGCAGUUCACCAUGGAUGCAGACACCACCCUGGCAGACCUGCUUAAACUCAACCUGCAUAACUUUGAGGAUGAGGUGAGAAGCAUAGUGGACAAAGCAGUUAAAGAAAUGAGCAUGGAGAAGGUUGUGAAAGAGCUGAAGACAACCUGGGCCAGCAUGGAAUUCCAAUACGAACCUCACCCCCGCACAAAUGUCCCCCUGCUGAAAUCUGACGAGGAGCUCAUUGAGACCCUUGAAGACAACCAAGUCCAGCUGCAGAACCUGAUGACAUCCAAAUACAUUGCUUUCUUCUUAGAGGAAGUGUCUUUCUGGCAGAGAAAGUUGUCUACGGCAGACUCCGUCAUUUCCAUCUGGUUUGAGGUUCAGCGGACUUGGUCUCACUUGGAAAGCAUAUUCAUUGGAUCGGAAGAUAUCCGGGCACAACUUCCGGAGCAUUCCAAGCGUUUUGAAGGAAUUGAUGUUGAUUUCAAAGAGCUGGCAUAUGAUGCUGAAAGAACCCCAAAUGUAGUGGAAGCAACCAACAAGCCUGGCCUUUAUGAGCAACUGGAAGAUAUCCAAAGCAGGUUGUCUUUGUGUGAGAAAGCUUUGGCGGAGUAUUUGGACACCAAGCGGUUGGCAUUUCCUAGGUUUUACUUUAUUUCCUCUGCCGACUUACUGGAUAUUCUUUCGAAUGGCACCAACCCACAGCUGGUCCAGCGACAUCUUUCAAAACUCUUUGAUAAUAUGGCCAAGAUGAAAUUUCAGGUGGAUUCAGACCAAAGUUCGACCAAGCUGGGCUUAGGGAUGUACAGCAAAGAGGAAGAAUAUGUUAACUUCAGCGAGCCAUGUGACUGCAGUGGGCAGGUGGAGAGCUGGCUGAACCGUGUGUUGGACCACAUGCGGGCCACUGUGAGACACGAGAUGACAGAGGCUGUGAUGGCUUAUGAGGAAAAGGCAAGGGAACAGUGGCUUUUUGACUACCCAGCACAGGUGGCACUCACCUGUACUCAGAUUUGGUGGACCACAGAGGUUGGGAUUGCUUUUGCCAGGCUGGAAGAAGGCUAUGAGAAUGCCAUGAAGGAGUACUACAAGAAGCAAGUGACCCAGCUGAACACCCUCAUCACCAUGCUCAUAGGGCAUCUCUCAAAGGGCGACAGGCAGAAGAUUAUGACCAUCUGCACCAUUGAUGUGCAUGCUCGAGAUGUGGUGGCCAAGAUGAUUGCUCAGAAGGUGGACAAUGCACAGGUGUUUCUUUGGCUGUCUCAACUCCGACACAGGUGGGCAGAUGAGGAGAAGCACUGUUAUGCAAACAUUUGUGAUGCACAGUUUCUGUAUUCCUAUGAAUACCUUGGGAACACACCCCGCCUGGUCAUCACUCCUCUGACAGACAGAUGCUACAUCACCCUCACCCAGUCCUUGCAUCUAACUAUGAGUGGGGCUCCUGCAGGGCCAGCUGGCACUGGGAAGACAGAGACUACUAAGGAUCUUGGGCGAGCUCUUGGCAUCAUGGUGUAUGUGUUCAACUGUUCAGAGCAAAUGGACUACAAGUCCUGUGGGAACAUUUACAAAGGCCUUUCCCAGACUGGUGCUUGGGGCUGUUUUGAUGAGUUUAACAGAAUUUCUGUUGAAGUCUUGUCAGUGGUGGCUGUACAGGUGAAAAGCAUACAGGAUGCCAUAAGGGACAAAAAGCAGAAUUUUAAUUUCCUUGGCGAAGACAUUAGACUAGUUCCUUCUGUUGGCAUUUUCAUCACCAUGAAUCCUGGCUAUGCCGGUCGUACGGAGCUGCCUGAGAAUUUGAAAGCUCUUUUCAGGCCCUGUGCAAUGGUUGUGCCAGACUUCGAGCUGAUCUGUGAAAUUAUGCUGGUGGCAGAAGGAUUCAUAGAGGCCCGGCUGUUAGCUAGGAAGUUCAUCACCCUUUACCAGUUAUGCAAAGAACUGCUGUCAAAGCAGGAUCACUAUGACUGGGGCUUACGUGCAAUUAAGUCAGUCCUGGUUGUUGCUGGAUCUCUCAAGAGAGGAGACCCAGACCGCCCUGAAGACCAGGUGCUGAUGCGCUCUCUUCGGGACUUCAACAUCCCUAAGAUUGUGACGGAUGACAUGCCAGUGUUCAUGGGUCUGAUUGGGGACCUCUUUCCUGCUUUGGAUGUUCCAAGAAAGCGAGAUCUCAGUUUCGAAUCUUUCGUGAAGCAAGCUGUGCUGGAACUCAAGUUGCAACCAGAGGACAACUUUGUGCUCAAAGUGGUGCAGCUGGAAGAGCUCCUGGCAGUUCGGCACUCUGUCUUUGUGGUGGGAAAUGCAGGUACAGGCAAGUCACAGGUGCUGAAAUCUCUCAACAAGACCUAUCACAUCAUGAAGCGGCGGCCUGUUUGGACGGACCUCAAUCCGAAGGCGGUUACCAAUGAUGAACUCUUUGGCAUCAUUAAUCCUGCUACAAGAGAGUGGAAGGAUGGAUUGUUCUCAUCAAUUAUGCGAGACCUGGCUAAUAUUAUACAUGAUGGCCCCAAAUGGAUUGUGCUGGAUGGUGAUAUUGAUCCGAUGUGGAUUGAGUCUCUUAAUACUGUCAUGGAUGAUAAUAAGGUGCUGACACUAGCAAGCAAUGAAAGGAUUCCUCUCAAUCCCACCAUGAGGCUGCUGUUUGAAAUCAGUCACCUGCGGACUGCCACUCCUGCCACUGUCUCUAGAGCAGGGAUCCUUUACAUCAAUCCAGCUGAUCUGGGCUGGAAUCCACCCGUGAGUAGCUGGAUUGACAGACGAGAAAUCCAGUCAGAGCGAGCUAACCUGACCAUUUUGUUUGACAAGUAUCUGCCAGUUUGUUUGGACACUCUUAGAACCAGAUUUAAGAAGAUUAUUCCAGUUCCUGAGCAGAGCAUGGUUCAGAUGUUGUGUUACCUCCUUGAAUGCCUCCUCACCAAGGAAAACACUCCUCCGGAUUGCCCCAAAGAACUCUACGAACUGUAUUUUGUAUUUGCUGCUAUCUGGGCCUUUGGUGGGUCUAUGUUCCAAGACCAGCUUGUAGACUACAGGGUCGAAUUUAGUAAAUGGUGGGUGACAGAGUUCAAGACCAUCAAGUUUCCUUCCCAUGGAACAGUCUUUGACUUUUACAUUGACCCAGAAACAAAGAAAUUUGAGCAUUGGUCCAAGCUCAUCCCCAAAUUUGACUUUGAUCCAGAAAUGCCAUUACAGGCCUGCCUGGUACACACCACUGAGACCAUCCGGGUGCGUUACUUCAUGGAUCAGCUCUUGGAGAAACGCAGACCAGUCAUGCUGGUGGGAAAUGCAGGCACAGGGAAGUCUGUGAUUGUAGGAGAUAAACUGUCUCUGCUGGAUUCCGAGGAGUACCUGGUGAAGAACGUUCCUUUUAAUUACUACACCACGUCUGCCAUGCUGCAAGCUGUUCUUGAGAAGCCGCUGGAUAAAAAGGCAGGAAGGAAUUACGGCCCUCCUGGCACCAAGAAGCUUAUCUACUUCAUUGAUGACAUGAAUAUGCCUGAAGUAGACACUUAUGGAACAGUCCAGCCUCAUACACUGAUUCGGCAACAUCUGGACUAUGGGCACUGGUAUGACAGAAACAAGCUGUCCCUGAAGGAGAUCAUGAAUGUGCAGUACGUGUCGUGCAUGAAUCCCACAGCAGGCAGCUUCACUAUCAACCCACGCUUGCAGCGCCACUUCAGUGUGUUUGCCCUCUCAUUCCCUGGGUCAGAUGCUCUGUCCACAAUUUACAGCACCAUCCUAACUCAGCACCUGAAACGGGGGAACUUCUCUGUGGCUUUACAGAAAUCAUCACAGCAGUUAAUAAGCCUGGCUCUUGCCCUGCACGUGAAAGUGGCGGCAACAUUCCUGCCAACAGCUAUCAAAUUUCAUUACAACUUCAACCUGAGAGAUUUGUCCAAUGUCUUCCAGGGUAUUCUGUUUUCAACUCCUGAGUGUUUGAAGGCUCCCCAUGACUUAGUAAAGCUGUACUUGCAUGAAUCCAGCCGUGUUUACCGGGAUAAGAUGGUUGAUGAAAAGGACUUUGUCCUCUUUGAUAAACUGCAGACAGAGACGGUGAAGAAGUUCUAUGAUGAAAUAGAGGACACCUUGGAACAGGCUAGGAAGAUGAACAUGUUUUGCCAUUUUGUAAAAGGCAUUGGAGAGCCCAAGUACAUGCCUGUUCAGAGCUGGGAAUCACUUAAUCAGAUUCUGGUGGAAGCCUUAGAGAAUCACAAUGAGGUCAACUCUACUAUGAACCUGGUGCUGUUUGAAGAUGCCAUGUGCCAUGUCUGCCGUAUCAGUCGUAUCCUGGAAUCUCCCAGAGGUAAUGCGCUACUGGUUGGUGUGGGAGGAAGUGGCAAGCAGAGCCUGACGAGAUUGGCAGCUUUCAUUAGCUCACUGGAGGUUUUCCAAAUCACCUUGAGGAAAGGCUAUGGGAUUCCUGACCUGAAGGCAGACCUGGCAGCACAGUACAUUACAGCAGGUCUAAAGAAUGUUGGUACCGUCUUCCUCAUGACGGACGCUCAAGUGGCCGAUGAGAGGUUUUUAGUUUUGGUAAAUGACUUGCUUGCUUCAGGAGAAGUUCCUGAUCUUUUUCCUGAUGAUGAAGUUGAAAAUAUCAUUGGUAAUAUGAGGAAUGAAGUAAAAGCCCAAGGAUUGAUGGACACCAGGGAGGCCUGUUGGAAAUUCUUUAUUGAUAGAGUUAGACGGCAGCUCAAGGUUGCUCUUUGCUUUUCCCCAGUGGGGAACAAGCUGAGAGUUCGUAGUCGGAAGUUCCCAGCCAUUGUUAACUGUACAGCAAUAGAUUGGUUCCAUGAGUGGCCCCGAGAAGCUCUGGAGUCAGUCAGCCUGCGCUUCUUGCAAGGGACAGAAACUAUUGAGGCUUCAGUGAAGGAAUCCAUAAGCAAGUUCAUGGCUUAUGUGCACACCAGCGUUAAUGAAAUGUCCCGUUCUUACCUGAGUAAUGAACGCCGUUAUAACUACACCACCCCCAAGUCAUUCUUGGAACAGAUUAAGCUCUAUCAGAAUUUGCUGCUUAAAAAGGAGAAAGAACUGACAGCAAAAAUGGAGCGGCUAGAGAACGGUCUGCAGAAGCUUAGCAGCACAUCUGCACAGGUAGAUGAUUUAAAGGCAAAGUUGGCAGCUCAGGAGGUGGAGCUGAAGCAGAAGAAUGAAGAUGCAGACAAACUGAUCCAGGUGGUGGGCAUCGAGACAGAGAAAGUCAGCAAGGAGAAAGCUAUUGCUGACGAGGAGGAGCAGAAGGUAGCCCUGAUCACGGAGGAGGUGCAGCAGAAGCAGAAGGACUGUGAGGAGGACUUGGCAAAAGCUGAACCAGCCCUUGCAGCUGCCCAGGAAGCCCUCAACACACUCAAUAGGACCAAUCUGACAGAACUGAAGUCGUUUGGAUCGCCGCCUUCCGCUGUCAGCAAUGUCACUGCUGCCGUGAUGGUACUCAUGGCUCCUGGCGGGAAGGUGCCCAAGGACAGGACCUGGAAAGCAGCCAAAGUGUCCAUGGCAAAAGUGGAUGGCUUCCUGGAUUCCUUGAUCCACUUCAACAAAGAGAAUAUACAUGAGAACUGCCUCAGAGCCCUUCAGCCCUAUCUGCAGGACCCCGAGUUCAAGCCUGAGCUGGUGACGUCUAAGUCUUAUGCAGCUGCUGGCCUCUGCUCCUGGGUCAUCAACAUAGUGCACUUCCAUGAAGUGUACUGCGACGUGGAGCCCAAGCGGCAGGCUCUCAACAAAGCUAAUGCCGAGCUUGCUGCUGCCCAGGAAAAGCUGGCUAGCAUCAAGGCCAAAAUUGCACACCUUAACGAGAACCUGGCUAGGCUUACAGCCAAAUUUGAGAAGGCCACAGCAGAGAAGCUAAAAUGUCAACAGGAAGCCGAAGCCACAGCGAAGACCAUCUCCCUUGCAAAUCGCCUGGUUGGGGGCCUAGCCUCUGAAAAUGUGAGGUGGGCUGAAUCAGUGAAAGACUUCAAGCAGCAAGAGAGUGCACUGUGUGGAGAUGUCUUAUUGAUAACUGCAUUUGUCUCUUACUUGGGUUACUUCAGCAAGAAAUAUAGGCAGGACCUAAUGGACAGCGUAUGGAAACCAUACUUGCGCCAGCUAAAAGUUGCAAUCCCCGUGACUCCCUCUUUGGAUCCUCUGAUGAUGCUGACUGAUGAUGCUGACAUAGCAGCCUGGCAGAAUGAAGGGCUACCGGCUGACCGCAUGUCCACUGAAAAUGCCACAAUCCUCAGCAACUGCGAGCGCUGGCCGCUCAUGGUUGACCCCCAGCUCCAGGGCAUCAAGUGGAUCAAAACCAAGUAUGGUGAAGCUCUCCGAGUGACCCGGAUUGGGCAGAAAGGGUAUCUGGAUAUGAUAGAGCAGGCUCUUGCUGCUGGUGAAGUUGUUCUGAUUGAGAACUUGGAAGAAUCUGUUGACCCAGUUCUAGGUCCAUUGCUUGGCCGUGAGACAAUUAAAAAAGGAAGGUACAUUAAAAUUGGAGAUAAAGAGUGUGAGUUCAACCCCAAUUUCCGUCUGAUUCUCCACACCAAGCUUGCAAACCCCCAUUACCAGCCAGAAAUGCAAGCACAGUGCACCCUCAUCAACUUCACCGUGACUCGGGAUGGCCUGGAAGACCAGUUGCUGGCAGCAGUUGUCAGUAUGGAGAGGCCUGACCUGGAAGAACUAAAGUCUGAUCUCACAAAGCAGCAGAAUGGAUUCAAAAUAACUUUGAAAACUUUGGAAGACAACUUGCUGUCCCGCCUCUCUUCUGCCUCAGGGAACUUCCUAGGGGAUACAGCUCUAGUGGAAAAUCUAGAAGUCACCAAACAGACAGCUGCAGAAAUAGAAGAAAAGGUCCAGGAAUCGAAGGUGACAGAAACAAAGAUUAAUGAGGCAAGGGAGCAUUACCGUCCUGCAGCAGCUCGUGCCUCCUUGCUGUACUUUAUCAUGAAUGACCUCAAUACCAUUCAUCCCAUGUACCAGUUUUCCCUGAAGGCAUUCAGUGUUGUCUUUCAGAAAGCUGUUGCAAGAGCCUCGCCAGAUGAAAACCUAAAAGAGCGAGUAGCCAACCUUAUUGAUAGCAUCACCAGCUCUGUGUUCCAGUACACAACUCGGGGGCUGUUUGAAUGUGACAAACUGAUUUACACGGCCCAAGUCACUUUCCAGAUACUUCUGAUGAAUAAAGAAAUUAAUGCCACGGAACUUGACUUCCUGCUAAGAUAUCCAGCCCAGCCAGGAGUCACCAGUCCAGUAGACUUUUUGUCAAGUCAGUCGUGGGGUGGCAUCAAGGCACUGUCAUCCAUGGAACAAUUCCGCAACUUGGACCGGGAUAUUGAGGGUUCUGCCAAACGCUGGAAAAAGUUUGUGGAGUCUGAAUGCCCUGAAAAGGAAAAGUUUCCUCAGGAAUGGAAGAAUAAGUCUGCUUUGCAGCAGCUGUGUAUGAUGAGAGCCAUACGUCCUGACCGCAUGACAUACGCUGUCAGAGAUUUUGUGGAAGAAAAACUUGGGAAUAAAUACGUGGCAGGAAGAUCUCUGGAUUUUGCAACAUCAUUUGAGGAGUCUGGACCUGCAACCCCGAUGUUCUUUAUCCUCUCACCUGGAGUUGACCCCCUGAAGGAUGUAGAGAAGCAUGGGAAGAAACUUGGCUACACCUUUAACAACAGGAAUUUCCACAAUGUGUCGCUUGGACAAGGCCAGGAGGUAGUGGCUGAGAAAGCCUUGGACCUUGCUGCAGCAGAGGGACAUUGGGUUAUCUUGCAGAACAUCCACCUGGUGUCCAAGUGGCUGAGUUCCUUGGAGAAGAAGCUAGAGCAGCACAGUGAAGGCAGUCACCCUGCAUUUCGUGUCUUCAUUAGUGCAGAGCCUGCGGCUUCACCUGAAGGCCACAUCAUACCACAGGGCAUCCUCGAGAACUCCAUCAAAAUCACCAACGAGCCCCCAACAGGAAUGCAUGCCAAUCUCCACAAGGCUCUGGACAACUUCAACCAGGACACCCUGGAGAUGUGUACCCGUGAGAAUGAAUUCAAGAGCAUCCUUUUUUCCCUCUGCUACUUUCAUGCUGUGGUAGCUGAAAGACGCAAGUUUGGGCCGCAGGGCUGGAAUCGUUCAUACCCCUUUAACACUGGGGACUUGACCAUUUCAGUCAAUGUUCUGUACAAUUACUUGGAGGCUAGUUCAAAGGUUCCCUAUGACGAUUUACGAUACCUCCUUGGAGAGAUCAUGUAUGGAGGACACAUCACAGAUGACUGGGACAGACGUCUCUGCAAGACCUACUUGGAAGAGUUCAUCAAGCCUGAAAUGUUGGAGGGAGAAUUCUUGCUGGCCCCAGGAUUUCCCCUCCCAGGGAACAUGGAUUACAACAGCUAUCACCAGUAUAUAGACAAUACAUUGCCUGCCGAGUCUCCAUACCUUUAUGGCCUCCACCCCAAUGCAGAAAUUGGAUUCUUGACCCAAACCUCAGAAAAGCUCUUCCGCACUGUUUUGGAGCUGCAGCCCCGGGACACCAGCCUUGGAGAAGGUUCAGGGGCCACCCGGGAAGAGAAGGUGAAGGCACUGCUGGAUGAUAUCCUGGAGAAGCUAACUGAUGAGUUUAACAUUCCUGAGCUGAUGGCCAAGGUGGAAGAGAGGACACCAUACAUUGUUGUUGCAUUCCAGGAAUGUGAGCGUAUGAACGUCCUUACUACUGAAAUCAGGAGGUCGCUGCGAGAACUUGACCUGGGGCUCAAGGGUGAAUUAACCAUGACCAGUGAUAUGGAGAACUUACAGAAUGCCAUCUUCUUAGACACAGUACCUGAAUCAUGGACCAAGAGGGCUUAUCCUUCCAUGGCUGGACUAGGCAGCUGGUUUGCUGACCUUCUCAACCGCAUCAAGGAGCUGGAGACCUGGACUGGGGACUUCCUGCUACCAUCUGUGGUGUGGUUGGCAGGAUUCUUCAACCCACAGUCUUUCCUGACGGCCAUCAUGCAGUCCAUGGCCAGGAAGAACGAGUGGCCUCUAGACAAAAUGACCCUGCAGUGUGAUGUGACCAAGAGGAACCGUGAGGAGUUCAGCAGCCCCCCACGGGAAGGCGCAUAUGUUCAUGGCUUAUUUAUGGAAGGUGCACGCUGGGAUAUGCAGACAGGGUUGAUUGCUGAUGCCCGACUAAAGGACCUGACUCCAUCAAUGCCGAUUAUUUUCAUUAAAGCCAUCCCUGUCGACAAGCAAGAUGUCCGCAAUGUGUACCCAUGUCCUGUGUACAAAACCCGCCAACGGGGUCCAACCUAUGUCUGGACUUUUAACCUGAAGACUAAAGAGAAACCAUCCAAGUGGGUUUUAGCAGGGGUGGCACUGCUCCUGCAGAUUUAGACUCUUAAUUCACAUGCUCUUCUCCUAGCAGACACCCAUCAGAAAAGUCACCGUUUCCUGGUUGGAUGUUUUUUAAUAGCAUGAAGGAAUACUCAAUUCUGGUUCACAUGUGUGCUCAUCGUUCAAAGAGUGAUAUGGUGACAUAUAUAUGUAUGUGUGAGUCAUCUCAGAUCACACCUCAAGUUUAAUCGUUUUUAAAUUUGCCCUUCAAAUCAAAUUUACUGUGUGACUUAUGUACAAUAAAAAAUACAAGAACAAAUUGAACAAAAUUUUUGAACAGCUAGUAAACAGCAAAAAACAAUACCAAUCUGCUUAGCAUUAAAAGUUUUUAAAAGUAAUAGGAAACUAAAUAAAAAGUCUUUGCCCAGUGCUGAAGGGGCAACAACACAGGCAGCGGGUGAGCAUCCAUUCGGAGAACUAUCCAUGCAGACAGAGCACUAUCAGUGAGAAGGUCUCUCUUAGCUGCCACCUUCUGCGCUUUAUUUGGUGAGAGAGAGCGCCCCUGUCAGUGACUUCAGGUAAUAGUCAGGAUGUACCUAGUCAAUAAGCCGUGAAGGGUUAUGAAGGUACUUUGAAUUGUGGCUGGAAAUAACACAACUUUUGUACCCUCUCUAACCGUUACCACGAACUCAGAGUUUUCCCAUGAAACAAGCUCGCGUGGGAAGCUGCAAAUCAUCAAGUGUUGAGUAAUCAAGUAUUAUGCAUGCAUGUGUGAACUGCCUUCAAGGAUAUUUUUAUACCAUCUUUCAUAUUUAACCACAGUCUCAAGGAAGAUUUUAAAAAAUGUCGUUCUUACAAGCUUGGGGCCACACAUAAUGAAAAAAUGCCACCAUGGGAGAAUGCAAGUAAAAAGUUUCAGACUUUUGUUUCCUGUACAAAGAUGUUAUAAAUUCAUCCAGGGAGGAGGCAUUGCCCUGAAAUUGAAUAGUGCAUCUGAUUUAGCAAGAUUGGUUUAAAGAGACUGCAGGGCACUGAACACUUUUGCAGGGAAAGUAUAGAUACAGGUGAUGAUCCCUGAUUGUGUAAAUGAAAGUGCUUCUUCCUUUUACUUCCACGGAAUUGGUCAUGUACACUGUAGGGUGACACCCUGGAUCGUCCCCCACACAGAGGAAGGAUUCAUUCUACUUCAGCUAUCCCUGAAAAAUGAUUAUCUUGCCAGACAAAUCCAGUUAAAGAUUGGCCCCCACAUCAUACAACAUCUAGAGGCAUAAAAGAGCAAAGCCUGACACACUGUACAGAUGGUUCAUUUUUACAGGAGAUUGCACUCUUGGAACGCUGCAAUGGAAGUGAGUUUUCACAAAAGCUAUUAAACAAUGUGAAUGAAGCUGUAGUGAGGGAAGUAAACUUAACAUUUAUGAGUGGUAUAAGUUUUGUAAUAAUAUUUCGCCUGUGCCUGAUAAUUGCCUUUUUUCCAAAUGCUAACAGGGUUGACUGGAGGUAGCUGAUCUCAGGAUAACCUGCCAGUUAAACCAAUGUACUGCCAGCUGGUUAACACUUACUGAAACCCACAAUAUAUUGGCAGCUCUAAGAUGAUCUCUCAGGUGCUAGGAGUCAAGCAACAAUGGGCAAAUACACCUAGGUUGUGCUUGGCAGUUGUGUAAAUCCAUGGGGUGGUUGAUGGACAUCAAUCAAUUUCUGGCCAGUGACAUUGUUGGUCGUACAAUUGCUUCACUGGAAUUUGAAAUGUUUAAUGAUGUGCAAUUGUGCCAUAAGUAGUGUUGGCACCUGACCAUUCUGUGAUGCCCCACUGUAUAUUUUCAGAGAGGCAAACAUCUCUAGUGCAAACACUUGCUUUAAUGUUGUGUGAUAAGCCAUCCCAGCGGUUAGAUAACAAAAAGAACUUGGGGUGGGGGGAGCUAAAUAUGCCCAACAUUAUAAAACCCAUUGUUCAAGAUACUGACUUGUAGCUCCCCAGCCUUUCCCUCCCCCCUCCCCCCUUACUAAUGCAGCAAGGAAAAUGGGCAGUAUUUUGGGAGGGGAAUUGGGGGCUAAAGGGCAGGAAGGGCACAGUAUGACUGAUUAAACCAAAUGGAUAUGUGAUGCUCAUUGUUAUAAUUCACUGAUUUAAUGAAAAUUUAAUAGCCAUUGAUAAUGAAACUCACUUAGGACUUAAGCUUGCACAGUGAAACAGCUUUAUUGUCUGAAACUCUCCCUCCCGCAAAUUCACUUUCAGUUAAAUAGAAAUAGUAAGAUGCCUUUAUUAAAUUGCCCCCCCCCCAGUCAGCAUUAAGUGUCCUUCAUAUAUAGCAUGGUAGUGUUAAGAGUUUCCUGGAAUUUUAAUUAAUGUGAUUUGAAUAUUAAAAGCAAGCUCCCUUCCAGUGGAUUUUGAUUAGUUUUGAACUGUCAACUUCUGGAAUGCACUCAUGGUGCACAUUAAACUGAACAGCACAAUAGAAGGAUAGGAAAGGUCCCUGCCACACUCCAAUCUUUCGGCGCUGCAGAAGUAUUGCUGUUCUGUAAUCAGCAGGAAGCAAUCCAUUUGCUGCGCUGUCACAAUACACUAUAUUACAAAUCUUCAAAGCCCACCCCCAUUACAAAGUGGGCGUUGUGUUACUGCAAUCCCAAAUCAAGGUUUCAACAGUUUUCUCUCUCUCAUAUAUUUGCUGUUGGUGCACUUUCACUACAGUUCAUUUUUGCUUCAGACUUCCCCUCCCCUACCUGUUAAAACCAUUAUGAAAAGACUAGCUUUUCAAAAGUUGUGGUAGGAAAAAACUGCAUUGCAAGGCAUGUAGCAGUGAAACAGCAGUCAGCCAGUAGGUUAGAAUACUGUCAGUCGGCUAUUGGGUCUGUUUCCUUACCAUGCUCCUUUAUACAUCACUUGGGCAGACACCCCAGCUUUAACUCAACUGGCACAGCUUUCCUUUGGGCUGCCUCUUCCUGCCUUGAACCGCAGCCUAACUGCUCAUGGUGUUCGCUGGAAAUGUUGGAGACUAAAGUUUGGGUCAGUCUGGGCUCCCUGCAGUCCAGCACCAUUGUUCUCUCAUCUUUGGCAACGUGCCCUAACAACACCAUAAUAACAUGUGAACAACCAUCUUGCAACCCAUGCACAUCAAGUAAUAUGGAACAUUAUUCCUUAUUGCAAUAGUUAACUGUGGCUACAUUCAAACUCCUGGGUGUGCCUCACUUGCUCAACAGGUGAUUUAGGCUGCAAGCAUAUAGCCACUUAGCACAACUGAACUUGGUGGGACUACCGAGGAGGCAUUAAUAGAAUAGUGCCAGACUUCCACAACCUGGAGCAUGUUGUGUGACUACAACUCCCCUGAUCUUUGGCCAUGCUGACUGGGACUGAUGGAAGGUGUAGUCCGUUGAUGACUGAAGGGCAGCAGGUUGCGGGAAGCUGGGCUAUACUGUUAAUAGUCUACAGUCAAAUCUGCAAAAGAGAUUGACACCACCACCACCCCAGCCCACAGAAGCAAAGCUGAUUAAAAAUAUCGGCAAAUUCUAUGCAAAUUAUCCAUGGCUUCUCAAGAGGAAGCACUACUGUGGAAUUGCAUAGUGCUGGAGAUGGGUUCUUCAGGGACAAACAGGAUUUAUUUCUUCAUUUUCUAUUUGGCACUCUCGCGCUGAAUGUGGAUGUGUUUCCAGUGCAGGAUCAUUGAUGGGUAAAUGCUAUACAUAAUUUAUAGAUUAUUUGCAACAAAAGUCUCAACUGCGGGCAGGUUCCCUACUGUGCAAGGGUUACUGCUGCGCCUUUAUCCUGAAAUUGGCUCUCAGGCUCAUGCAGUUUAUUUAUUAUGAGUGGUUUAUUAAAUGCCUGUAAUUGGCCAGACAACUCAGCACAUGCAUUUACAAAUGCACUUAAUUUAAAAUGUUUCCUGAAUGUGUGAGGCCUUUUGUGGAGAUCUGAGCAGAGUCUAUACAGUCAAUAAUGUGGUGGUUCUAGUCUAGUGAAUAAUGUGUUGAAAUAAUGUAUUAAUGCAAGCUUUUGCUGCUAUAAAUGUGUUAACCCUUAGGAACCACAGUUAGGAAGCCGCAGAGUGACUCCCAAUGGCUGUUCUGGAAGCAAUUAAUGUGAGAUGUUAUGCAAAUUUUGUACCUUGCGUUUGUUAUCCGUUUUUAUUCUUAAGAAAUUACAGUACCUCAUUCUCCUAUGUUUUUGUUUUUUUCUGUAUGCAUGACAUCUAGGAUAUAUAGAGCUCCCCCCUACCUGGGCCACUUGCAAAUUGUUGAGAGUCUUGGCAGCCCAUGUAACUAUUUUUCUUCCUGUUUGGCAAUUGUAAUACUUGAGGUUGUCCCCUAUCUUGCUCCCAGCCAUGGCUCUAUUCUUCUGAUGAAGGCAGAGCCUCCUCCUGCCAUUACUUCUAGUCUCUCCUUCUGGGCAGACUGCUGAAUUUUAUUCUCCACACACUGCUGCUGCUGCUGCCCCCUGCCACCCCCUCCUGCCCCUCAGCUGUGGCCAGGUACCCUUGUUGCUAUGGCCUGCCCCAUGCCCUACCCACCACUGCCCUUGUGCGGGGCUUACCUGGGCCACCUCCAGGUGGCAGCACGGCUGUGGCGGUAGAGGAGCAGGAGGAGGCAGCAAGCACCUGGUAGGGAUGAGUGCCUGGUGGCAGCGAGCAGCAUGUGCACAAUGCUGCCACUCACAGGAUCCUGCCGCCCUGAGGCAACUCGCCUCGUCACCUUAUGGGUGGGCUGGCUCUAAUUUUAACUAUUGACAUAGGUUUCAUUAAGGGUGGAGAUUUUAUUGGGUAGUCCUUCUGGAGACCUGAGAGAUUUGCCAUUCUAUUCUAUUCCUCCCUUUUAUUAUUAUUAUUGAAGAGAUCAUACUGCUGUGGGUUUCUCUGGAAGAAAGAAAAAUCUUUCCCAGGCAUCCUGCUCCCCGGUUUAAGAUGUGGGUGGAAUUUGGAUGUUGUUGUAUACACUUUUACUGUGCUCUGUGUACUUAAUGAGCUCUGCAAUUAAUUACAGUAAUAAGAUUAUUGGUAAGAAGUGGCAGAUUUAGAGAAGGAUGAUUAGAUAAUUAGAGAUAAAUUGCUGUUUGUGGGACCUUAUUGAAUAUGUUCUGCAGAUUGUCUGGCUUUGAAGAGAUAAUUGAGUCGCUGAUUAAUGAGGGCUUUGGCAGCAGCCCCGACUACAGCUCUUCUCACCUGGGUGAGACCGUGACUGUCACCAUGGCAAAGAAGUGCAACCUGGGGGAUGUGGAAUAACUUUACUUUCAAACUGUAAUGGUGGAAGAGCUAGAUAAGGAAGCUGGAAUAGCUUGUCUAUGUUUCAGGAUAAAUUAAAUGAUGGGACAUUUUUGUUUUUACUGCCCUAUUUCAGCAGGCUUAAAAUGUAUUUUUGCUCAAAAGAAUGUCUUUCCAUAGCAACGGCGUCUACUGAGGAAUUCUGUGUGAGGGAGUUUCCUUCUGCACACAGUUCAGUUCAUGUGGGCACUGGGUAGGUCCAUGGGACCUGAGCAUUGCCCUGGGUGAAUUGAGACUGUAUCUUCAAACACAUCAUAUACUUCUGCACACAGCAGGGGAAAACUGGUACUGGUGGAUGUGUGAUAUCAUUUGGGGCAGCUUGUCCGCUAUUCCCAAUUGUCUCAUUCCUUCAGAAAACUCGAGCCUGCUUCUCCUCUUGCUGCAAACUUUUUAUAAUAAUGCUACAAAAGACUGAAAUGUACGCACUUUACUUAACACGAUGCAGACCACAAUGAUAGCUGACUUACUGUUGCCUUACCUUCCAGGUCCAUUGGCGCUUUCCUGAAUACCUCAUCCUCUCAUGAAAACCUUUGGUCUCUGCUAUCUUUACAUGCCCCCCCCCCCCUAAAGAAAACAUGACUCUCAGUUUGAUCUAAUAAAGCCUUGAUCUGGCCCACGACUAUCCUCUCAAGGACCUUGCCCAAGAAAGGGAAACUGGUGACUGGUCAGUAGUUACGUAAAUUUUCUGUAUCCAGGGAGGGCUUCUUAAGGAGUGGUCUUGCACUGCCUCCCUUAAGCAACCAGGGAGCACCCCUAUCGCAAGGAGGCAUUAAGCACCUUGUCCACACCCUCAAGCCUUGCUAACUGAAACUCAUCAAACACAACAGGACUAGACAGUGUUCUGGAUACCUUUUGAGAUUCAACUGCUGUAGCAGGGCAGCCAGGGCAGGGUCCUGGCAGAUGCAAGCAAUUUUAUCCUAAAAAUACUUUGCAAACAAGUUACAAUGAGUCACCAGCAGUUUUACCUCCCCCUGUAAAAGGCCAGGGUCGGCCCUACGUGUAGGCUGGGUGACGCAGGGCACCAUGGCGCCGGCCCACCAGGAGGGCGCUGCGAGCUGCG